AUGAGAGUCGGGAUCUUCAUAAUAGCCAUUUUUUAUUGGACUAUAGGUCCAUGUAGAGGUGCCGAGCUUAAGUGUUCUGAUUUUUGCUCUUCUGGAACUGGUUGUGAAAAAAGUCUUGGAAAAUUUAUGUGUUGUCCUGUCGAAAAUGCGGUCUGCUGUAACGAUGGUUUGCACUGUUGUCCUGCGGGCUACAAAUGUGAUGCUCGUACACAGUCCUGCAUCCUCAGCGCCGAUGAUGCACAGCUGGGACUCAAAGUCAGCUGGAAGGAGACGCCUAAAAAGGACAAUACUUGCCCAGUGGAGGAAGACACAUGCGAGGACUGGCAAACCUGCUGUAAAAUGGCUGAUGGACGCCCGGGUUGUUGUCCUCUGGCAAACGUAAGCCAGUUGUACGCUGCCUAG